AAUAGAGAACUGAUCGUAAUACUUCAUUUCAUUUCUGUUUUCAGGACUGCCCUAUCUUGGUGAAAGCCAAAGAACAAAUAUGGAGUCUGUUUACAUUAAACAGGAGGUGGUUCAGGAAUUGGUACCUAACUGCAUUAAACAGGAGAUGCCUGAACUGGAGCCCGUCCACAUUAAAGAAGGGACUGAACUAGAGCCUGUCCACACUAAAGAAGAAGAGACUGAACUAGAGCCUGUCCACAUUAAAGAGGAAGAGACUGAACUGGAGCCUGUCCACAUUAAAGAAGGGACUGAACUAGAGCCUGUCCACACUAAAGAAGAGACUGAACUAGAGCCUGUCCACACUAAAGAAGAAGAGACUGAACUAGAGCCUGUCCACACUAAAGAAGAAGAGACUGAACUAGAGCCUGUCCACAUUAAAGAAGAAGAGACUGAACUAGAGCAUGUCCACAUUAAAGAAGAAGAGACUGAACUGGAGCCUGUCCACAUUAAAGAAGAAGAGACUGAACUGGAGCCUGUCCACAUUAAAGAAGAGACUGAACUGGAGCCUGUCCACAUUAAAGAAGAGACUGAACUGGAGCCUGUCCACAUGAAAGAAGAGACUGAACUGGAUCCUCUCUACAUUGAAGAGGAGCCUAUUGGCUUGUUGCUUAAAGGUUCAGAAAACAUAUCCCGGCCAAAGAUAUCACAUCAAUGUAGUGGAUAUGGGAAGAGCUUCAGUCAGUCAGGAACCCUAAAAACACACCAGCGAAUUCACACUGGAGAGAAGCCAUAUCACUGUUUUGAAUGUGGGGUGAGCUUCACUGUGUCAGGAAGCCUAAAAACACACCAGCGAAUUCACACUGGAGAGAAGCCGAAUCACUGUACUGAAUGUGGGAAGAGCUUCGUUCAGUUAGGUGACCUAAAAAGACACCAGCGAAUUCACACUGGAGAGAAGCCAUAUCACUGUACUGACUGUGGGGAGAGCUUCAGACAGAUUGGAAGCCUAAAAAGACACCAGCGAAUUCACACUGGAGAAAAGCCUUGUCGCUGUACUGAAUGUGGAAAGAGCUUCAGUGAAUUGGGACACCUAAAAUCUCACCAGCGAAUUCAUACUGGAGAGAAGCCAUAUCACUGUAAUGAAUGUGGGCAGAGCUUCAAUCAGUUAGGAGUCCUAAAAAGACACCAGCGAAUUCACACUGGAGAGAAGCCAUAUUACUGUACUGCAUGCGGGAAGAGCUUCCGUCAGUCAGGAGACCUAAAAGCACAUCAGCGAAUUCACUCUGGAGAGAAGCUGUAUCCCUGUACUGAAUGUGGGGAACGCUUUAGUAGGUUUAGAGACCUUAAAAGACACCAGCAAAUUCACACUGGAGAGAAGCCGUAUCACAGUACUGAAUGUGGGGGUCCCCAGAGUGAGAGCCAGUCUGAAUCCAGAGACACAGAGAAGGGGAGCUUGUCAAACUGAAGGAGACAGACCCAUUCUUUCAGAAUGAACUGGACAGCCCUGGGAUUCAGCUCCACUCCUGCCCCUGAAUUGGAAAUGAAUCUCACUCAUGCUGUGAGGAUUUAGGACAGAGUUACAGGGUCAUUCUACUUAGAAGGGACACGUUGGAAAUAUAUGCCAAGCUUUUUCUCUGAACAAUUAUAUGUGUGACAUGAACCCAACACAUUAACACGAGAACCGCCGGGUUUAUGCUACUACCUAGAACCGCCAGCAGUCGUCAUUUUGACGGGUAUAUUUUAAACAGCUUUGAUAUGAAAAUGAAACACAAACUGUCAGACACAACUCAAAAGUUUUAUUUAUGAACAUCAUAUCUAACAUUUGCAUAGCAGAAACAUUGUAUUUAAAUGAAAAAUAAACAUAAAGGCCUUUUUUUAAAUUAGUGCAUAUAAUGCAUGACGUAAAAACAUGAAAAACUAUAAUAAAAUAAACAUUUCAAAAGAAGAUGUUGUGUAAACAGCUGUAAUCUGUUCUAUGUACAUACGAAAUUGUAAAAACUAAGUAAUUAUUUACAAAAAUAACAUAAAAGGCUUUAUUUUCGAAAUGAGUACAUAUAAUGUAUGACGUAAAAAAAUGAAAAACUAAUAAUAAACAUUUCAAAAGGAGAUAUUGUGUAAACAGGUGUAAACUGCUAUAUGUACAUACAAAAUGGUGAAAACGAAGUAAUUAUUUACAUUAUCACAUUAGCUUACUGCAUAGCACGACUUCAAAAAAUGAAAAACAAUAAUAAAAUGAAAUGUGCAUUCAGGGAAACGUACUUCAAAGUAGCCCCCAUAUUCGCACAAUCCACACAGAUGUAACACUUAUCAACUUGUUCUGUGCAUUUACCACAUACUGCUCUUUCACACUGGACACAGACAUCAGAAGUUUUAUUUUUACUGCAUUUAGUUACCUGGCAUUGUUUUCUGUUGUGUGUGUCUCUUGAUGUGCACUGUAUCCAGAUUGAGCUGCGUUUCCCUGCCGCUUUGCAGUUUUCUGAUUGAAAUGUUUCUGCCAAAGCUCUGUGGCUAGCAUCAUAAGAGGUCUCUCCUACUGAUAUUUUCCCCGGUGCAUUCAUUGUACAAAACUAAGGAAUUGAUGGCUGCCAUGUCCAGUACAUUGUAAAAUACAGCAACAGAAAACCAGUGAUUGCUUUCACUGAGUACUACGUUUUGAGCAGAUGGUGGAAAUGCUCUUCUUUGUUUACUGUUGCAACCAACUGUUUUGCUAAUUACAGUGAAAUAAUCUUUGCACAGGUAGGGGUAGGGGUAGGGUCCGCUGCCAACCAAAACUUGAUCCCAAACGUGACAGGUUUGUUUGUGCAGCAACACCGUGCUUUUGUCAGAAACAGCUGCUUGUCCAUGUAGUGUUUUAUGUUUAGCUUGAAACGGGCAACGCUGUUUUCAAUGAAGUCGUUCCAAAUUUCUGAUGCCAAGGCAAAUAUAUCUGUAGCUGCACUCAAAUCAAAACGCAAAAAUAAAGAUUUCUCGAAAAAUUCUUGUAAUAGUAAUAUUAUAAGACAGCAGACUAUAUAUGCUCACGUAGACAGCCAGACAGCAAGGAAUUGAUAUGAUUACAAUAGAGAUUUGGAUAACGCAUAUCUAGACGUCAAGAGCAAUAUCCUAUUCAAAUACAUACUGCUGUAAGCUUAGUGGAGGUACAGAUAACAAACUGGCUUGUAUACAUGUAAAAAUAGCGUACUGUAGGUUAUAUUAACAAAAAAAGCAUGUAUUGAAACAAGCCGUCAAAAUGACUACUUUUGGCGGUUCUAGGUAGAAGUGCUCAUAAGUUUUUUAUUUUUUGCGAUUCUUACUUUCAAACGCCAUCAGUAUAUUUAAUACAUGUAUUUAGGAAAAGUCAAGAACAGACAACCGCGGAUCUUUAACACACGCAGAGUAAUUUAAAUUUUAAAAGUGAAAACCGUCAAAAUGACUACUGUGGCGGUUCUAGUGUUAAACAAAGCUGCCAAUAACAUUUAUGAUAUUUUUAAAAUGUAAUUUGAGCUAUAAAUGGCAUUACUGUUCCAAUGUCAGUGAGUACAGUAUACAAUACAGAAGUGAAUUGUUUAAAAGCACCCAAAACUAAGAAUAUCUUCAUGGGUGUGGCAGCAGUGUGUGCUUCAUCUAACUAGUAUGGCCUCUAAGCUCUUGCACCAGUGCAGACACACGCUGAAGCAACCUUGUGUUUUUUGUUUUUAUUUUAGGUUGUGCAAACUUUGGAGCAAAAGCUGUUUUGGUUUUGCAUGAAUUUGAAUGAAUGAAUCUGCUUUGCUGAGUGUUUAAAUACCGAGAAACCCCAAGCUUGUUGUCUACUGGAGCCCUGCUUCAGUGCCAUGGGAUUGAAAUACAAUGUGUAGAUUGUUGUAUAUCCAAUUAUUGUGACAGACCACAAUAUUAGAGCUGUAUAAAUAUAAUACUGUAAAACAUGAAAGGUUAGCAAGCAAACCAUUUUCACUAAUGUUACUUUUGUUACAAAUCUGCAGAACCUACAUGCAGCAACAUUGCCAUCAUUACUACAUUCAUAGUUUAUACAGUUUGAAUAAUUGAUCUAAACAAUCUGCAGAAUGAAGUUGCCUCAGACUGUUUGACAGUAACAGAGCUGGUGCUUUUGUGGAAUCACCAUUAGCUGCUUAUUCCUUUUGGGCAAAAUAUGGCCUGCUUGUUUCUAUUUUUUAUUAGUAUGCUAUUAUUAGAGUGACGCAGGGUCUUCUGGUUUUCAUUCCAACUUAAACUCUCAAUUAACAUAAUUGAUCUAAUUAUUUGUUCAUUGGACAUAUUUCAUAUUUUUCAAGGUCUUUUACAGUUGAUGAUUUAAAAAAAAUGCACUUGAUUCAAGGUACACAACCUAUGAAACAUUUUGAGACCUGGAGAGAAGUGUUAAAUGUGUCCAGUUAAUCAAAUCAUUAGACCAAUUAAGUGAUUGAGAGCUCGGGUGGAACUAAACCAGAAGACACUGCGGCCCUCCAGGAACUGAGUUUGACAGCCCUGUCCUGAGGCAAGCUUUGCGAUUUAGAAAGGAUUUCAUUGACAUUUUGAGUUCCUGUAUGUUUUCCAGUAUCUGGUAUAUAAAGGGUACAUUAUGGUGUUUCCAUUACCUCUGUAUGUAAAAGGUUUGUCAUUGUUUAAACUGUUAAUGAUUCCUGAGAUACAGAUCUGCAGUGGAACUGAACAAACACAAGGGAGACAUUGAAAAAUACAAGCUUGCCAAAGAGGGAGAUGCUGCAUCUGUAUCAUGGAAUUCCUUUGCUAGUGUAUCAUGAUGUAAGCCCUGGAGUGUGGGCUCAGUCUUCUCUGCUGCCUGCUUGUUCUCAGUGUGUGAGUUCAGCUGCAUUUCCAGUGUCCUGAGCUGGGCUUUGAACCCACUGGGGACGCAGCUGAGAACAAGCCAGACCCACGACUCAGGGAUAAAAUAACAAGAUUAGAAAGCUUAUAUGUAGAACUCUUUUUUAUUGAUUUGAAAAUUAGACAUUUUGAAAUCUAACAAAUGCUGUACUGGUAUUAUGGCUUCUGGUAGACUUUUGUGAUAUAAUUGUGUAGUUUCUUUGAUUACAUGAAGGUAAAUAAAAGAUUUAAAUUA